AUGUACCUGCCUGGUUUUCCUCCUUCAGCUCCACCUCCGGUUUUCGAUCCGAGUGCCUAUCAUCCGCCAGCGCAUAUGAGUGCUCAAGCUCAGGCUUAUUCUAGACCUCAAUUGGGUAGUGCUUAUAUUCCUAUUCCAACACCCCAACCUCCACCUCAAGUUAACACUACUCAACCUCAGUUCGAUCCGAGGGCUUAUAUUCCUGUUCCAUCACAACCACAAGUCCAACCACAACAACAAGCCCAACCUCAACCUUUCGGUUUGAUACCAUCGAUUACUUACACUCCACUUCAACCUCGCUUUGCUACACCUCAAGAUCAACCUCAACAAGGCAACCAAAAUCCUUUCAUAAAUCAAACAAGUACAUCCACGUCCAACUCAAAUAAAGCCGAUGACUCCUUGUCUGUACAAUUUGGAAGUGGAGAUCAAGGAGGAACUGUGUUUUAUGCUGAAAUUGUCAAGAAUGUUAAUGAUGGUGAAUCUUUAGGAAAUGAUGACAGUUCAGGAUAUAGUGGCAGUACUGAUAAAGAUGGCUCAGGUGUGAGUGAUUACAGUUCAGAAUCGGACGUGAAGGAGGGAAUGGAUUCUGAAGCUGAUAAUUUGUCGAAUGAUGCUAAUGAGAAAUCUGACUUGAUCAAGAAAGCUGAUGGUAAUGUUAAAGGCAUUGGGUAUAAGUAG